AUGACGCUCUACUACAGUCUGGUCUUCCUCCUCUUGGUGACAGAGAUGCUCAUCUUCUGCGCCCUCAUUGUCCCCCUGCCGUUCACAUGGCGCCGCAGGCUCUUCACCUUCAUUUCGGAGAGCCCGAUAAUAGCGAAAUUACAAUAUGGCAUGAAGAUUACGUUCAUCUUCAUUCUCAUACUGUUCAUUGACAGUGUGAACCGCGUCUACCGCGUACAAAUUGAGCUUUCCGGCUCAGACGACCAGGGCCGCUCAGGUGUCGCUGCUGGAGGUAUCGAACGCAUGGAGGUCCAGGCUCGCAAGUUUUACUCGCAGCGCAACAUGUACCUCUGUGGUUUCACCCUCUUCCUUUCGCUCAUCCUCAACCGCACUUACGUCAUGAUCCUCGAUGUUCUCCGUCUCGAAGAGGAGGUCAAGAGCCUAAGGGGUGACCCCAAGGCUAACAAGAACUCUGCCCUGAAGAACGCCGGUGGCCCUGGCGAGGUUGGUGCUCUCAGGAAGGAACUCGAGGCCAAGGACCGUGACAUGGAGAACCUGAAGAAGCAGGUUGAGAACAUGCAGAAGGAGUACAACCGCAUGGGCGAUGAGGUUGCUGGCAAGAAAUAG